ACUAGGUUCCCCUUCGAGUUCCUCCGGACCCGGAGAAGGGUCCUCGAUUUAAUCUUUGAGCACCCCCCAGCUAUUUUGCCUUUGCUGGAUCUCAGGUAUCAUUCCAAUUGCCUUUUCGCGCCUCUGAUCGUGCUUCCUCACCUAUCGCAUACUGCACAAUGGCUGCUCCCACACCUCGUGCUGCCUUCGAGGCGGUCUUCCCCUCCUUGCGUGAAACCAUGCUUGACCAUGCGAAGAAGUACAAUCUGCCCGAAAAUGCUCUGGAAUGGUUCAGCAAGAACCUUGACACCAACGUCCCUGGCGGCAAGCUGAAUCGCGGCCUCUCCGUUCCCGAUACUGGCUUGGCACUUUUGCAGAAGCCAUUGACCGACGAGCAAUACAAGGAUCUUGCUACGCUUGGGUGGUUGACCGAGUUGCUUCAAGCAUUUUUCCUGGUCAGCGAUGACCUUAUGGAUGGGUCAAUCACCCGCCGUGGCCAGCCCUGUUGGUACCGCCACCAGGGUGUCGGUCUGAUCGCCAUUAACGAUGCCUUCCUCCUCGAGUCCGGUAUCUAUGUCAUCCUCAAGAAGCAGUUCCGCUCCCACCCUGCCUACGUGGACUUGAUCGAGUUGUUUCACGAGACCACCUGGCAGACCGAGCUGGGCCAGCUGUGCGACCUGAUCACCGCGCCCGAAGACAAGGUCGAUCUCGACAACUUCUCAAUGGAAAAAUACAUGUUCAUUGUCACCUACAAGACCGCCUAUUACAGCUUCUACCUCCCUGUUGCCCUGGCCCUCCAUUACCUCCAGCUUGCUACCCCCGAGAACCUCCGCCAGGCCCACGACAUCCUCAUCCCGCUCGGCCAGUACUUCCAGGUUCAGGAUGACUACCUUGAUGCCUACGGCGACCCCGAAGUUAUUGGAAAGAUUGGAACGGAUAUCCAGGAUAACAAGUGUUCUUGGUUGGUGAACCAGGCCCUGCAACGUUGCAACGCCGAACAGCGCAAGGUGCUCGACACUGCAUAUGGCCGCAAAGAUGGUGAACUUGAGGCCAAGGUCAAGGAGCUCUUCCGCGAAUUGGACCUCGAAACGGUGUACAAGGAGUACGAGGAGAAGAUUGUUGGCGAGCUCAAGACGAAGAUUGCGGCCGUCAACGACGCGGAGGGAUUGAAGAAGGAGGUUUUCGAAGCCUUCCUCGGCAAGAUUUACAAGCGCAGCAAAUAAACAGCACAUACUGUACAUACUGUACGUUAGAUAACACUGGGAGAUAUACCUCAUAGCAUACAUUAGAAUGAUUGGAUGACUCAAUAAUUUGCGAUUGGAUCCGGC